GGAACCGGUGGCUUUCAAGUGCUAAACUAGACUUACUUUCUAUUCAUAGUUCCCACAGAUAUCUUUAACUCUGCUCGGCUCGAAGAUAUUUUAUUACAGAGAGUUAAACUUUAUAUGACAUUAAAGCAACAUGUCUUCAGCUAGCCACAAUGACAGCAGGAUAAUGAGCACGUAAAGCGACAAAAAUCUGUCACCGUGGGCGGAAGGCUGUUCAGCAGUUAACGGUUCUUAUUUUUUUUUGGUAAAAGUCGACGCUUUUGUCUGGCUUUAGCAGCAUGUCUUACUUGGAGUGGGCUGAGUCUCAGCUUGCAGAGAUUGAGCUGCUAACCAGCAUGUUCCCCACGCUGGAUGAGCUGGAGCUCACCGACCAGCUGGCACUAGCGGAGCUCAGGGACUACGUGGAGAGCUCAGCUUCAGCAGACAGCCCUCCUCCCUCCAGACCGCAGUUUCUCAUCAAACAGAAGCUGGACUGUGCAAACACGGAGGGGAUGGAGGUCAUUGUGUCCUGUGCGUAUCCAUCUGAAUAUCCCAGUGUGUUGCCAGAAAUAACAGUCCGGUGUUCCAGUCUCAGCCGGGCCCAGCAGACAGAACUCCAUGCGCAUCUAAAUACAUACCUCAUGGAAAACUGCCAGGGGGAAGUAUGUGUUCUUUCUGCUGUUGACUGGGUGAAAGACAACUUGCAGGUCUUCGUUAAUAAGAGCUCAUUAGCAGCACCACCUCCCAAGAAAGAGUCUGCCUCCCCACAGCCGCGGGAAGUUUUCAGCCGACUGUGGAUCUACAGCCACCACAUCUAUAACAAGUCGAAGCGGAAGAACAUCUUGGAGUGGUCCAAGGAGCUGUGCCUGUCAGGAUUCAGCAUGCCUGGGAAGCCUGGUAUUGUGUGCGUGGAAGGUCCUCAAUCUGCCUGUGAGGAGUUCUGGUCCAGAGUCAAGGCUCUGACAUGGAAGAAGAUCAUGAUUCGACAUAGAGAGGAUAUUCCCCUUGAUCGUCAGGGCGAGGGCAGCGGGAUUGUUGAAAGUUUAGACUGCCUGCGCAAAUUCACCGGCUUUGAAGAGGCAAUGUUUGACCCCCAUGGGAACAGAGGUAAUCACAUGGACCUUGGGCAGCUCUAUCAGUUCCUAAAUGAGAAAGGCUGUUGUGAUGUCUUUCAGAUAUAUUUCGGGAUUGAAGGGAGGUAGUGGUCAGACCUCGAGAAUAAAUUUGUAGUGAUUUAACGUGUGCCUUGUCGGGGAAGUCACUUUGUCUGAGAAGAACUUUUAGGUUAAACAUGGAGAUGCAUUUGUUAUGAAUGUUUUUGUAUCACAUGGAAGCACACAUUCGUAGCCUGAUUCUGCAAUUUGGGGAAACAGUGUUCUCAUUCGUUUUACUUAAUAGGCAUAUUUUUCAAAAAGAAGCAUUAGAAAGAGUUGUCUCAAGGACUUCAGUUAUAUUUGCAAUUUUAAUACUCCUGCAUGUGCCGCAGAUCACACCUUGCCCUAGGUGUUUCUUUUCUCAAAUGGCCCCAGUGUGUAUUACAAACAGGCUAUUAUAGGAUUUUCAGGUCUGAUACCGCUUUAAUAAUUGGACAACAUAGUCAACAAUAUGCUGGAUAUCUGUUUUUGAAAUCUGUUGAUUUUCUUCUUAUGAAUUAUAGAUACCAUAGCCAUGGAAAGCCUUUCUCUAAUUUUCUUUUGAAUGAUUAGCUGUUAGAUAAAUUGGACGUUAUUGAGGAUUACAAUCUGGCAAUUAAAACGUGUGGAUAUUGAACGUGAAUCUUAAUUCUGCCCCCUCAAGACUGAGAUGGAAAUUUAAAAGAGAACAUUCCUAUAGAUGUAUAUGUUGAUUGUAUUACUCUGGGAUCAUAUCAAAUAUAUGGUAUUGAUUGAUAUUUUCGUGCUGGUUUCAUUAGCAAAGUGCUCACACAUGACCUCCUGCGUACAGUAAGCACUCAUACUGUAUCCUUCUCUUGUUGUCACAUACACACACAUAUCUUAUAGAAAGGAUCUCCUCAGAGGAGUUUGAACCCUGACCGAGCAGGUUGGACUCUGCUGAAAAUUAACUAAUAAAGCUAAUGAAAGCACGGCCAUGUCCUGGGAGCUUUGAUGUUACAACUGUACUUGAAGACUUAAUGAGGUUUACGUUCAUACAAGGUUGUAUGAUGAAAGGAAAUAACAAGGACACACAACUUGAAGACAAUGCUAAUUUUAUAUUUUUGUAUUAGAUCGAGUUUGCUUGCAGACUAGUUUGUUCUGUGAUGCCCAGCAGAUGGCAGCAUUAUAUAAUGAAAUCCGGCAAACAUGGCAACCUCAGAUGUUAUCUGUGACGACGGGAUGUUAACCUGUUUAAAACGGACACAAAGCAUAACUUGAAUCUAAAAGACACAUUAAAGAAAGAUGUAGGAGUAGUAAAUUAAUGAUUUAAUUAACACAGUUUCAGCUGUUAUUUGGAUCAAAUGUGAAAAUUGUGGUUUUUUUUUUAAAAACUGCAAUGAAUCAGCCAUGUAGAUUUGAUAUCUGUGGCCUUGUGCCUUUCAGCAGCAGUGUUUCAAGCUCUUAAACAACCCACACUUCUCCAUUUAUUAUGUCGUUUGUACAUCAGUUUAAUCAAUUUUUUUUCUUCCUAGAAAUGCUAAUUAAUGAGUAGAUACUAGAUCCAGAGAUGGCUGUGAGGAGGGGUUGCUUAUCCUGCUUUUAGUCUCAAGCCUCUGAUGUUCUGGGAGCUGCUGGUCAUCUGACGGUUCUGAUGCUCGUCCUGAUGGGUUCUCGUUUCGCCUUCAGAGGGUUUUAUGCUCAUUCUGGUCAGAGGUCUAAUUGCCCAAGUGGAAGGAUUUUUAACUUAGGUCUUUAGAAGUCUCAUCAGAGGACCCUUGUGUUUGUUUAUUAAGGAAAGCUUGACUCCUAGGUGCCUCUCUUAGGACUUAAUAUUCUAAAUUAACAUGAGUAACCUCUUGUAACCCCUCGUUCAGCAUCUCUUGGUCUAAUAACCUUUCCCUAGUUAGCAUUUCUACCAGAAGGUCUCUAAGUAGAAUCAGUCAGCUGACUACUGUACUACACAUAUGGCUGUGAUUAAACAGCAACUGGAUUUAUUUUGUCUUGUUAUUCUGACUAGUCUGUUUGAGGACAGAUUAGUUGCUGCCACAAUGAUGUACAUCAUGGCGAGACAACACCAGUGGAGUAUGGAAUGCCAGCUUUUGUAAGAAAUCGGUUGUGAAUGUUUUCUUUUUCUUCUUCAAUAAAGACAGAGGUGGUUUUCUUCAA